AUAACAGUAGUAAUAGUUUUACGAUUGAUUAAUUGAUUGGUUGAUUGAUUCUUGUUACUAUUUACUGUUAUUGUAAUUUUCUUUCUAAUAACCAACCAACAAUCUGAUCCGAUUCGUGGUAGAUAGUUGUUGUUGGUUUGUUUGUGUCGGAAGCAGAUGGUUUGAUUCCACUGACUGCCCAAUCCACACAAAAAGAAAGAGAAGAUUGUAGAUGGCGUUGGAUGAUAAUGAUGAGCAGAGGCAGAGGCAGCAGAGCCAUGGGGAUGGGGGGCUUGUCUACACAGUGGAUGAAGCUCUUUCUGCCAUGGAGUUCGGCAAAUUCCAGAAGCUGGUGCUUUUGUAUGCUGGACUGGGUAAUUUCGUAGAUGCAAUGGAGAUCAUGCUACUUUCAUUUACAGGACCCAGUGUUAAAUCCCAGUGGGGUCUCUCCUCCACUGAAGAGGGCCUUCUCACAACUGUGGUUUUCGCUGGAAUGCUGCUUGGAGCUACUCUCUGGGGUCUUGUUUCCGACGCCUAUGGCAGGAGGAUGGGCUUUCUGGGCAUAGCUAUUCUCACCUCUGUAUCUGCCUUGUUAAGUUCUUUCUCCCCAAAUUAUAUCGCUUUGUUGGUCCUUCGGUGCUCUGUUGGUAUUGGCUUGGGUGGUGGUCCCGUUUUCUCAUCCUGGUUUUUAGAAUUUGUUCCUGCUUCCAGCAGAGGCAAGUGGAUGGUCAUCUUUUCUACUUUCUGGACACUUGGGACCGUGUUUGAGGCUUCCUUAGCAUGGAUUGUCAUGCCAAGAUUGAAUUGGAGGUGGCUGCUUGGACUUUCUUCUCUACCUUCACUUGCUUUGCUUCUUCCAUACGGUCUUGUUCCAGAGUCUCCUAGGUAUUUGUGUGCAAAAGGUAGAGUUAUUGAUGCACAACACAUCCUCGAGAAAAUAGCUUUGCUCAAUCGAACAAAACUCCCUUCUGGAAUGCUUGUUUCUGAUGAUGCAUAUGCACGGAUGACCACCCAACAACAACAGGAUGAUGAUGAUGAUGACGAGUUUGAUACUUCUUCCAUACAUACCACUACCAACACCCCUUUACUUCCCUCAUCUACACAUAAGCCCGAGGCCUUGAAUUUCAAAACAGCUUUUUCCUCGUUUCUGAGGCUUUUCUCCCCAAAAUUUAUCCAAACAACCCUUCUCCUCUGGGUGUUGUACUUUGCGAAUUCUUUCUCAUAUUAUGGCGUUGUAUUGCUAACCACUGAGUUAAGUAUUGGGCAAAUGAAAUGUCACUCAGCCACCUUGAAUUCUAGCAAUGUUCAGGAUGCUAGCCUCUAUGUAGAUGUAUUUAUCAAUAGUCUGGCAGAGGUCCCAGGACUUCUGUUAUCAGCAAUAAUUGUGGAUAGAAUCGGUCGGAAGCUUUCAAUCAUUAUCAUGUUCAUUUUAGCUUGCAUCGUCCUUUUACCGCUGGUUUACCAGCAGUCUGCAACCUUAACAACUGUGUCAUUGUUUGGAGCUCGGAUGUGCACCGUAGGAAGCUUUACAGUUGCCUGCAUAUAUGCUCCUGAGUUAUAUCCAACUUCCAUGAGGGCAACUGGUGCUGGAACUGCAAAUGCUAUGGGAAGAAUUGGUGGUAUGAUAUGCCCAGUGGUAGCAGUUGGACUAGUAAGUGGAUGUCAUCAAGCAGUUGCUGUUCUUCUACUUGAGGCUGUAAUGGUUCUUUCUGUAGUCUCUGUUCUUUUCUUUCGAUUUGAAACCAUGGGGCAAAAAUUGAGCAACACUUAGACUGCAUUAAGUUCAUAUUAAAGUCCUGUAAUUUUUAAUAGAGUUGUACAUUAAAAAUCACUAAAUGGAAGAGAAAAAGGUGGUUGACGUAUCUUCUAACCA